GCAUUUUUUAAUGUUUUCUGAGCCGCCACGACCUUCACCUGACCUCUGGGUCACCUCCCACGGUGUCGCGUUGCCUUUCCCAUUGCGGGAAACGCUCAGUAGAUUAUAACCCUUGGAUAUAGGAAAUUCUCCGUCAGGUCGUUGUUUCGCAACGAUGUCUGUAGGCGGUGUAAUGCCAAGAAGGGGGGACAUUUCAUCAUCCUGAAAAGGAUUUUUAGUAAAUUUCGCGCUGCUGAUACUAAUCAGUGUGGUGUCGCGUAAACUCGUGUUGCUCAUUAGGUGUUUGACUGAGAGAUCUCAGCUGUAAAAUUUCGCGUCGUGAACUUCGCGCUGCUAUGGAUGCGAGACCUUGUUUCGAGAUGCGGCUCUUCAGCCUGCGUCUCGACUUCGUUCCUGCAGACCAAUACCUAAGCGAGCUUUGCCUUGUCGUAAGGAUUAAGCUGAUGAGGCUCAAGACCGUUAUUGGAUCGUGUUCCUAGCGACCAAGCUAGCGUCCAUAUCCAAGACACCUUCACAAGUCGCACUGCACCGGCUUCAUGUCAAAUUCGACUUCUAGACACGUGAAUCAUGAAUUCAUUACGUUGUAGGCAAACGCCCUAUUGUACAGCGCCGAUAUCCCCAAAAGCCGCAAAAAAUCCUAUCACUCAUCGUUGGGAGAAUCGCCCAAAAUUCCAUCAACACCCUGACUUCUGUGCUGAUCCCUUACAAAGUCUUCGAUUUUGUCAUCGUGAUGCGGCCGCUCUGGUGGUCCCGGUGGCUUGUCUUCCUCCUUGGGUGGGCUUUGACGAGCGGGCAGGAUCUUGGCUGCAGCUGGAACAUAUUCUGUGACUGCAAGAAGUCAGUAAUUUAUCAUUCGCAGAGUGUUUGGCAAAGCAUACUCUUCUCAAUAACAGGAUUGGGUUUCUGAUUCUCCAGUUCACGGGUGCUGUCCGCAGCCUUGUCAAGCUGCUCCUUGAAGCUCUCGUCUUGGAUGUUGUUGUUCUGGCCUGAUUCUUGAGAAGCCAUUUUUGUUUCGUUUUAUGCGGAUUGUGUUUCCUGUUGAAGGUUGAUGCUCCGAUUAAGAUCCAGACGAGAGAAGGCUGCAUGUAAAUAUUGUGUAUCCCUACCCCAUUUCCUUGUUCUUCCAUCUUUAUCCCCGGCAUUGGCAUACGCAAUGGCGCAAAUCCUCAAUGCACCCCUGUGAAACCUUACGUUAGUCCAUUCUUUCAGCUUGUCACCCUCUAUAAAGUGACGUCAAGUCGCAGCUGGCGGGGUCGUUCCGAUAAGGCCCGAUAACGAUUCAAAAGUCUAUCUUAUCGGACCGUUCUGAAUGGAUGGGCUGAUGAUCACCCAACGAUAUCACUUUUGUUUGUUCCGCUAAAGAGGUAUUUUAUCAGGAACAAAACUUGACGCCGUCCCUUUUUUAUAUAGGUGCUAUUUUCAACCUCAAUUCUGUUGAAAGUACAGCAAAGAUGGCGCCAAUUCCUAUCACUAUCGUUACAGGGUUCCUGGGAUCAGGUAAAACGACACUGAUUCUGAACCUGAUCCCUCAACUUCGCGCCCAGAACCCAGACUAUAAGCUUGCGCUUCUCAAGAACGAAUUCGGCGAUCUCGCAGUCGACUCACAACUCGCGGCCAACUCUGCCAUUUCGGGUGUCCAGGAACUCCUCAACGGCUGCAUCUGCUGUAACCUCGUCGGUCAACUCGGCCCCGCGCUCGAAGAACUAGAAAAGACCGUCACACCCGAUCGAAUCGUUAUUGAAACCAGCGGCUCGGCAUUCCCCGCGACCCUCGCUCUCGAAGUCAACCGCCUUGCGCGUGAGUCCGGGAAGUAUAUCCUCGACGGUGUCAUCAGCGUCAUUGACGUCGAGAACUGGAAGGGUUAUGAGGACACUAGCUACACGGCACGCAUCCAAGCGCGCUACACCGAUCUCAUUGUCUUCAACAAGUGGGAAAAUGUCAGCAUGCUGAGAUACGACGAAUGCCUCGACCGAGUUGGCGAUCUAGAAGUUGACGUUGCCAAGGUCAAGAGCGACAAGGGCAAAGUGUCGAUGGACUUGAUCUUUGGUGUGGAUGGUGGUUUGGCGAAGGAGUUGACAGGGGCAGAUCUUGAAAAGACCAACGGCCACAGCCACGACCACUCCAACGGCACAACAAACGGCCAUUCUCACGACCACCAAAGCGAAGUCGAGGUUUUGUCAGUUGUCCUGAAAGCCGAUCCUUCAGCACGAGUUUCGACCGCAAAGCUCAUCGCCUUCCUCUCCUCCGCCCCCAAAGACGAAGCCUACCGCAUCAAGGCCCUUGUCUCACUCUCAUCAACGCCCACAAACUCCGAUCCCGAUAUCCCCCCACCAGAGCCAAGCGCCUCCGGUCGAUAUAUCCUCAACUGGGCAUUUGGCCGCUGGACGUUCACACCUGUUGCGGAAUCACUGCAGGAGCAUGACUCGAGCAGCGAUGUUACACUACGCAUGACAAUAAUUUUUGCGCGAUAUGAGAGCAACAAGUGGAAGAAGAGAAUUGAAGCUGGUGGAUUGAUAGAAUUAGAAGGUGGAGAUUCAAGCGGCUUGGCCGUUACAAAAAUUCUCUAGAUUAGAAUAUAGAUUUAAAAGUUGAGAUGGAUUAGAUGUGAGAAGAUGUCACGAAGAGACGAAAGAGAUGGUUAUGAAGCAUAGACUCAUGAUUGGAUUGAAAGAACGCUUGUCGCUAUUUGACCAGGAUAUAGAAAACAAACCCGCUACCUGGCAUUUUGAAUAUAUGCAUGAUACAAUCUUUUACACGCAAUCUCUUAUAAGGCUCUAUAUCCACCCGGGACCUGGAUUGACAGGACUCGGAACAAAAUUCGCACCAGGCGCCGGUCCAUUAGUGACUUUGUCGUCGUUGAAGUUUUGCUCAUCGAAGUAAUAAUCCGCCCAGUCUUCUUCAUAGACAUCAGCCUCAGGAGUCUUGGAUUUGAUCAUCCAUGGAUCAUCGAAUGCGGGACUAUCAUCUGCCUUGGCCCUUGAUUCAACCUCUUCCUGGAAGUGCUUAAACACUUCAGGCGUCGAGAGGGCUGACAUUGGGGUCGGAGGAACUGAAGGACCCGUCGCCACUGUCUUGACGGUCUCAGCUGGACUGCUGCAAUGCGAUGUUGGCGAAGCCGGCGGUGACAGUGAAUUCGCUUCGGGAUCAGAGGUGAGAGAAGCGGAGGGGCGAUGAAGCUUGGCGAUACCGUCGAGAGACUGAGGAAUCAGAGGAGGUGGACGGUUGUACUUCUUGAUAGUUGGCUUGUGAUGAAGUCGAGAGAAGUUGGGACUGAUUUCGACCGGCGUGGCUGUGAUGGCGCCAUUCUCACAGCUUGAACAAGUCCCAGACGUCUCAGCGAUUCCAUUAUGACACACCCGACACAUUGGGUCCGAAACACUGUCUUGUCGAACAUGGACUUGUGUAGAAGGUGCGUGAACGGGAUGGGAGUUAAGGGCAUCUGCCGUUGGCUUGGAAGGCCGUCGCACAACGACUGUAUGAGCAGACUGCUUGCGCUUCUGAGAAUCUUGCGAUGAUCGACGAAUAGCGACCAUUUGAACUGAUUGUUUUCGCCUGGGCCAUCCUGAAGCCGAAGCAUCGCUUGGUCGUGGUGAUGAGAUUGGUGAGACGCCAGGUGUAGCGUGGUUGUCUACUCGUUCGAGUUUGAUGGUCUUGGCUUCGCUGAUGACCGCAGAAGGCGAAGGUUCUCUUGCAAUAUUUAAAUCAUCAACAACUAAGAGGCUUUUUCGAAUGUCCACAGAAGGUUCGGGAACUUGCAGUGAAUCUUGUGGUGUUGCUGUUGCUGUAGACCCAAUGGUGUCGAGCUUUUCUAACGGACAUGGCUCCUCUUCAGCGGGUGUAAGUGGUCCAAAGGCAGAUCGGAACUGUCCAUUAAACGGUCCAAAAGUUAAUCGCAACGGCUGCUGUGCUCGAGGAUGCUCUAGUCGUGGUUGUUCCGCUGGUGCCUG